UUCUUCCCUUCGCCGUGUUAGGUUAUUGUUUUGCUCUGCAAGUACCCCAAUAUGCAGAUCUUCGUUAAAACCCUAACAGGGAAGACAAUAACCCUUGAGGUUGAGAGCAGUGAUACGAUCGACAAUGUCAAAGCUAAGAUCCAAGACAAAGAGGGAAUCCCUCCAGAUCAACAGCGUUUGAUUUUCGCAGGAAAGCAACUGGAAGAUGGUCGUACUCUAGCUGAUUACAAUAUUCAGAAAGAAUCAACACUUCAUUUGGUUUUACGUCUGAGAGGUGGUGCUAAGAAAAGGAAGAAGAAGACCUACACUAAACCAAAGAAGAUCAAGCACAAGCAUAGGAAAGUGAAGUUGGCUGUGUUGCAGUUUUACAAAGUUGAUGAUUCUGGAAAAGUUCAGAGGUUGAGAAAGGAGUGCCCUAAUUCUGAGUGUGGUGCUGGGACUUUCAUGGCUAAUCAUUUUGAUCGUCAUUAUUGUGGUAAGUGUGGUUUGACCUAUGUUUACCAGAAGCCUGGAGAUGUCUGAGAGUCUCUUUUAUGAAUUUACUUUUGUUUUUGAAAGAUUCUGAGAUUUUGAUUUAGGGUUUAUGUAUUUGAUGGUGGAUAUUUAAUCUUUAAAAUUUAGUUAACGCACUGGAGUUAUCUAUUUAAUCUAUCAGUAUUAAUUGAAAUUGCUUAGCAUAUAUGCU